AUGGCACCCAUUCGCAUCGCCAUCAUCGGCCUCUCCGGCAAGUCCGUCGUCUCCUCCUGGGCCAGCAACGCCCACCUGCCCUACCUCCUCUCCGAGCGCGGCAAGUCCCAGUACCAGAUUGUCGCGCUCCUCAACACCACCGUCGAGUCGGCCCGGGCCUCCAUCGAGCUCUACUCGCUGCCGCCCGAGACGCGCGCCUACGGCGACCCGGAGGACCUCGCCCGCGACGCCGACGUCGAGCUCGUCGUCUGCGCGACCCGAGUCGACUCGCACUACAAGUCGGCGCUGCCGAGCGUCCGCGCCGGCAAGCGCGCCUACGUCGAGUGGCCGCUGGCCCAGGACGCGGCGCACGCGCGGGAGCUGGCCCGGGCCGCGGCGGAGCACGGGACGCGCACCCUGGUCGGCCACCAGGGCCGGUUCGCGCCGGUCAUGGUCCGGGUCAAGGAGGUCCUGGAGAGCGGCCGCAUCGGCAAGGUGCUCUCGAGCGAUGCCCGGGCGUUUAGCGGUGCCGGCGGUCGCGACGUCAUCGGCGCCGGCAUGGAGUUCUUCGUGGACCGCGCCGUCGGGGGAACCUUUGUCACCAUCAUGUUUGGACAUUUCUUUGACAGCCUGCAACACGUGCUGGGAGACCUGCAGGAGGCUACCGGCCACUUCCAGUUGCAGCGGCCAGACCUCAAGGUCGUCGACUCGUCCAACAAGGUCGUCGACACCGUCACCGCCAACACGCCAGACCUCAUCCUCGUCAACGGGACCCUCGACGCGACCGCCUCCGUCAAGCAGGGCGCCACCGUGUCGCUGCGCUUCCGCGGCGGCCCGCCGUUCAAGGGCGAUCCCGGCUUCGUCUGGACCAUCCACGGCGAAACGGGCGAGCUCCGCCUGACCGCCGCCAACGGGCCGACAUUCCAGGCCGGCGCGGAAAAGGAGGCGGUGACGCUCGAGGUGCACGACUUCGAGACUGACCAGGUCGAAACGGUCGACUGGGACUGGAGCGGCUGGGCGAGGGACCUGCCGCUGAUGGCGCGUAGCAUCGGCACGCUCUACGACAAGCACGCCCAGGGCCUCGACGAUGACAAGGAUGGCGUCCCGUCCUUCCGUACGGCUCUGCAUAGACACGAGCAGCUGGAAGCGUUGCUGUCUCAGUGGAAGCAGUAG